AUGAACCGGUUGUUCGGAGCAAAGAGCAACGCGCCCAAACCAACGCUUAGCAGCGCCAUAUCCAAUGUCGACACACGGAUAGAAAGCAUCGAUGUCAAGCUCGCCAAACUGAACGCCGAACUAAGCACCUAUCAGCAGAAGCUCGCCAAGAUGCGAGACGGACCCGGCAAGACGGCCAUCAAGCAGAAAGCCCUCAAAGUCCUGCAGCAGCGGAAACAGUAUGAAGCGCAACGCGACCAACUGCAAGCGCAGUCAUGGAACAUGGAACAAGCCGGCAUGAUGCAAGAUAAUCUAAAGAAUAACAUGACCACCAUCGACGCCAUGAAGACGACGACCAAGGAACUGAGGAAGCAGUACGGCAAGAUCAACAUUGAUCAGAUUGACAAACUUCAAGACGAAAUGGCAGACCUCAUGGACAUGGGAAACGAUAUACAAGACGCUAUAAGCCGCAGCUACGAUGUACCAGAGGAUGUGGACGAGUCGGAACUGGAUGCCGAGUUGGAAGCCUUGGGCGACGAAGUCGACUUUGAGGGUAUUGGAGAAUCCUCCGGUGUACCCAACUUUAUGCUGGACGAGACCGCACCACCACAAUUUAUCGAUGAAGCGCCUACAACUGGUGGAAAAGUCAAGGAAGCUGCGGGCUGA